AUGAAGGUUACCGCUGCCACCCUCGCCCUCGCGGCUGUCGCCGCUGCCGCUCCUUCCCAGACCCUCAAGGAGUCUCCCCGCGCCGUCGCCGCUGAGUGCGCCUCCGCCGUCACCCUUGACGCCAGCACCAACAUCUGGAAGGACUACAAGCUCCAUGCCAACAACUUCUACCGCUCCGAGAUUGAGGAGGCCGUCACCACCAUGAGCGACGAUGCCCUCGCCGCCCAGGCCCUCAAGGUUGCCGACAUCGGUACUUUCGUCUGGGUCGACACCCGCUCUGCCAUCGAGCGUCUCAAGACCGCCGUUGAGGGUGUUCCUUGCGAAGAGAUCCUCGGUGUUGUCAUCUACGAUCUUCCCGGCCGUGAUUGCGCCGCCAAGGCCUCCAACGGUGAGCUGAAGGUUGGCGAGAUCGACAUCUACAAGAACGACUACAUUGACCCCAUUGUCGAGGUCCUCAAGAGCAAGCCCAACACCGCUUUCGCUCUCGUCAUCGAGCCCGAUUCGCUCCCCAACUUGAUCACCAACAUCGAUCUCCAGACCUGCCAGGACUCCGCCGACGGAUACCGUGACGGUGUUGCUUAUGCCCUUAAGCAGCUCAACCUUCCCAACGUCGUCAUGUACAUGGAUGCCGGCCGCCGGCAGCCCUCUCAGUUCCGUGGUAUCGCCACCAACGUCGCCGGCUGGAACCAGUGGGACCUCAGCCCCGGUGAGUUCUCCGACGCCACCGAUGCCGAGUGGAACAAGUGCCAGAACGAGAAGAUCUUCGUCGAGACCUUCGGUGCCUCCCUCAAGUCCGCCGGCAUGCCCAACCACGCCAUCGUCGACACUGGCCGUAACGGUGUCUCCGGUCUCCGUGAGGAGUGGGGCAACUGGUGCAACGUUGCCGGCGCUGGUUUCGGUAUCCGCCCCUCCGCUGAUACCGGCAGUGAGCUCGCCGAUGCCUUCGUCUGGGUCAAGCCCGGUGGUGAGUCUGACGGUACCAGCGACGAGAGCGCUACCCGUUACGAUUCGUACUGCGGCAAGCCCGAUGCCUUCAAGCCUUCGCCCGAGGCCGGUCAGUGGUCGCAGACCUACUUCGAGACCCUCAUCAAGAACGCCAAGCCCGCUUUCUAA